AUGCUUGGGUUAUCGACUAUUAGACGCUCAUGUCUUGUGACAAGUCGUCAAUUUUCCUCGUUGACUAAACCGACUAAUACAUACACAAAUGUCCCAUCGACAAUCAUAAGAGCAAACACUUUUAACAACAUACAGACUUCCUUGCAAGUACCGCAAGCAGUUGGAAUUUUCGGUACAGUUAUUGGAUUAAUUCAAAAGAGAUUCAAAACUAGAGGUAACACCUAUCAACCAUCAACAUUAAAAAGAAAGAGGACUUUCGGAUUCUUGGCAAGAUUAAGGACAAAGGGUGGAACUAAAAUAUUAGAAAGAAGAAGAGCAAAAGGAAGAUGGUAUUUAAGCCACUAA